AUGAGCUUGCGCGUCUUGAAUAAAAUCGGAAAAAACUGGGACCUUCACACUCAUUUCAACCCUCGUUCUUUAGUUUCAUUCCUUUCAUUGUAUGGAUGCGAUGAUUUGCAAGAAGGCCAGAAUAUCUGUCUCUCAAACGGCACAUCUCCUUAUCCAGUCGCUCUUACCAAUGCUGUCUGUGGACCACAGGUCCCUGGAACCAAUUUUACUGGAACAGAUGGUCCAGAUGACUGGGCUGCUUUGAAUCCUUGCCCUCUCAAUGCAUGUUGUGAUGUCUGGGGUCAAUGUGGUACCACUCCGGAAUAUUGCAAUGACACCCUGGCAUCGACCGGGGCGCCUGGAACUGCUGCAGAAGGCUCUGAAGGAUGCAUCUCGAACUGCGGUAUGACAAUCACCAAUGAUGCUGUGGCUCCAUCUAACUACUCCGCUGUUGGCUACUAUGAAGUGUCGAGUAUGAGUCGAUCUUGUCUACAGAUGAACGCCUUCUCUAUCGAUGUUGCGAAAUAUACGCAUGUGCACUUUGCUUUUGGAAACAUCACAUCAAACUUCUCUCUGAGUGUGGAAGGCGCUUCAGAGCAAUUUGGGUAUUUUCAGGAGCUCGAGGAUGUCAAACGCAUCAUUUCAUUUGGUGGAUGGGCGUUUUCUACCGACCCUGAGACAUACAUGAUCUUCCGGGAAGGUGUCACGGAGGCCAAUCGCGAUACUCUCAUCACCAAUGUUGUUGAUUUCAUCUCCGAUAAUGACCUCGAUGGGGUGGACUUUGAUUGGGAGUAUCCUGGCGAGCCUGAUAUUCCUGGCAUCCCCGCAGGUAGCAGCGAUGAUGGCGCCAACUAUCUGGCCUUUUUGAAGGGAUUGCGCGACGCUAUACCCGACGAUAAAACAAUUUAUAUUGCUGCUCCUGCUUCCUAUUGGUACUCGAAGCAAUUUCCGAUUUCUGAAAUCGCGGAUUUUGUGAGUUAUAUCAUUUACAUGACUUACGAUCUUCACGGAACAUGGGAUCUCGGAGAUGAUUGGGCGCAGAAUGGCUGCACCGCCGGAGAUUGUCUUUUUUCCCACGUGAAUCUAACUGAAACAAUGUGGGCCCUUUCCAUGAUCACCAAGGCAGGAGUGGCAACGAACUCUAUCAUGGUUGGUGUGACUAGCUAUGGACGUUCAUUUGAAAUGACCACAGCUGGAUGCACAAAUUCUUCAUGCACCUGGAGCGCGGCCGGUGAGGCUGGCGAAUGCACCCAAACUGCUGGCUACAUUUCCAAUGCAAAGAUAAACCAGAUCUUGGACGAAAAUUCCGAUGCUUAUUCUCUUUUUGACAGUGCUAGUGAUUCCAACAUUGUCGUGUACAAUACGACGCAGUGGGUGGGUUAUAUGACCACAACGACCAAGUCUAAUCGCACGUCUUACUACAAGACAUACAAUUUUGCUGAGACAACUGAAUGGGCCAUCGACCUUGAAGAAUUUGUUCCGGCCAGUGUGAUCGACAUCAUCUCUGAUAGCACUGAUCCAUCAUUCGACUAUGAUAUGCCUUGCAUAAAUCUUAUUCCCGGCCAGAAUACCACAGCCGAACUGGACAAAUACUUGAAUAUGGGUAUUUCCUACAUUGACAGCGUCCUGACUUAUGACGGUGAGUCGAACGCAGCAUUUUUCAUCUAUUUAACAAGUUCAAGGCUGACUUAUUGUUACGUCCAAGGCGACGAAGGGGAUUGGGACAGCGUGAUUCUACAGAGUCUUGAAGACUUCAGCUGUGAUUCUUUCCCGGAUGGUGACUGCGGGUUUAUUGAGCCUUAUCAAUGUGGAACGUAUGAUAAUAAGACUGUUACCCAGGAGGAGUAUUGGGCUCAGUACAUCGUUGCUACGUUUUUCGCAAACCUAAAGCAAUGGUACAGUGCCUUUGAUAUUGCAGUGAUGGCAGACUCCUUAAAGAUUGAUGACAUCGUUUCAACAUUCGACCCUGAAACCACAAGCCCUUUCACAAUGGACAGUUUUAUGUCGGCUCUUUCAAGCGCAAUGGGCGAUGCUUCCGACUUCGUGGGGACCCUCCCUGGCUUCAGUGAAGUAAACUCAGCUGUCAGCAUCGCAACGACCGUCACUAGUCUCAUUUUCAGUGGAGAAGCUUCUUUGCCGGACGAUUCGUCAGUGGAAACCGAGAUCACUGACAUAUUGUCCGAGCUUUACACUGAAGCGGCGGGCUACGUGGCCGACAUUGACACUUAUCUAUUUGAAACACCCUCAGAAGCAGACAAGCUGCCCUCUGACCUCACCAACGGUACAUACGAACACCCGGUUUCCAACUUCCUUUACAAUUCUCGGCCACUUUUCACGCUCACCGCCAGUCAAUGGGAUGAAACAAUGGGCAAGAUCAAUGUGACCUUGCAGAAGUACCUUGUCGGACAAACGAUGGGAGCUUCUGACUAUUACAUCCUUAAGAACGGAUUGUCCUUGGACUUGUGCGAUGACGUGGGGUCUUGUAUCAUCAAUGGUAGCUGUUAUCAGCUGGCCUAUCCCGGUGCCGCCAGUUGUCUGCAGGGGCUUGCCUACAGUACCAAUGUCGAUAGCGAUAUCGUCGACACAAUAGUGGGCUCCUAUGACAUCGAGGUCACGGAGUUGAUCGCUGUGUCUGAGUAUUGUCAGAAUGUGACUGGGGAAUACUUUGGAACAUUCACAGGAAGUGUCAAAUUUUCGGAUUAUCCUGUGUGUUUUUUCAAUCUGCCAGUAUUUGACUUGUUCAAGUCAGCUUCUGUUGCAUGGGAUGGAAUCGAUUCCUGGGACAGCCCAUGUCUUAACUGGGCGCGCAAUCAGAGCGCCUCAGAGCCGGUAGUCGGAGAGACAUAUCUCCCGAGCAACUUGGAAACGUUCUUUGAUGGCACAUACUGUAAGUGCACUUCAUCUGCUGCUUGCAAGCGCUCGAAACUGGGCAAGAGAAUGGUAUGCUAG